AUGCUUCUUGCCUUACAAUCCCUCGUUGUCAUCGCCGGUGCAGGUUCUUACAUUGGCUACUUUGGUCGUGGAGAACACCAUCUCAAUGGAGUCAUGUAUAUUCAAGUACACACUGGCGUGUUCUUGGGAUUGACAGCUCUAUUUUACCGAUUCGGUCUGAGCUUACCAGAAGCUAUUAAGCAAACCUUCGUCUAUGAUGUCCUCUUUUUGGGCGGCUUGUUUGCCAGUCUUUUGAUUUACCGCGCGUUUUUGAACCCCCUCAACGUCUAUCCUGGACCAUGGCUAGCGCGCAUCACCAGCUUCGAGAUGCCGAUGCGCAUUCGCAAGGGCCAGAUGUACAAGGCACUACAAGAUCUACACAAAAAACAUGGCCAGUUUGUUCGCAUUGGCACCUCAGAGGUCUCCAUUACACACCCCAAUGCAGUUCGUGAGAUUUUCGGCCCAGAAUCUGUCUGCGAAAAGAGCAUCUGGUACGACAUUAGCCGCCCUCAGGAUUCCCUCCUCCUUCGCAGAACCUACGCUGGGCACGCGGAACUACGCUCUGUUUGGAGUCAUGCCUUUUCCAUCAAGGCUAUGAAGGGCUACGAAAUCCGCAUCCAGCCAUACCGACGAAAACUCAUCGACGGACUUGACGCGCACAAGGGCGAAGCUGUUGACAUCAACCGAUGGCUCGCCUUGUACUCUUGGGACGUGUUGAGCGAUCUCUCCUUUGGCCACCCAUUUGGCAUGCUGGAUACAAAGGAAAAGCACUGGGCUAUUAACAUUUUGAAGAAGGGUAUGAGUGUGGUUGGCCCUCACUUGCCCAUGUGGUUCAUGCGCAUCCUAAAGGCGAUCCCCGGUGGCCAGAAGGAUCUCAAGACAAUGCUUGAUUAUUGCCAAGGAGAGAUGCUCUCCAGAUGGAAGCAUGAGCCUAAGCUUCCUGAUGUUAUGAGCGCCUUGUUUGCUCCGUACCGAAGCAACAAGAAGCCCUUUGACGAGGCCGCAGUCAAUCUGUUGGCUGGAGAAGCUCAUCUCCUCAUCAAUGCCGGAAGCGACACCACGCGAGUCACCAUCUCCUGCGCUCUGUUUGCGCUAGCAAAGCAGCCUGAGCUCGCCCAGCGGGUUCGCGAGGCCCUGGCACCGCAUGUGCCGUCCCCCGACGCAGACAUUCUCGACGAGCAGGUCGCAGACGUGGACAUUCUGAAUGGUGUUAUUUCAGAGUCGCUACGCAUGUACCCACCGAGUCCCAGUCACCCAACGCGAGUCACCCCCCCUGAAGGAGCCACCAUCGCGGGCAGAUUCAUUGCGGGUGGAACGCAGCUAAUGGCGCCCCAAUAUGUGAUAGGACGAGACGAAACCAUCUUCCCCCGCGCCAACGAAUUCAUCCCCGAGCGAUGGUAUAGCGCGCCCCAUCUGGUCAAGGACAAGCACGCUACGGCGCCCUUUUCCCUAGGGCCUUGGGCCUGCAUUGGCAAACCGUUUGCCAUGACAAACGUCCGCCUCACCAUUGCAACCAUCAUUAUGCGCUACGAUCUAAGCUUUGCCCCUGGCUCUGCAGAUCCUGUGGCCGACUUUGAAGAUGGUAUGCACGAACACUUUAGUCUCCAGCCUGGCCCAUUGUACUUGAAAAUGCAGAAGCGCUGGUAGCAGGGGCACAAGCCAGGGAGAAGAAAGGCUCAAUUGGGGAUCAGCCAGCAACCGCGUUGAGAGGAGACCCUUGCUGCACGUUAAACGCCAAUUAGAGUAGCCGCUUGUAGGCCGGCGCUGAUGUAUGCAUGUCUUAGGUCGUGGGUUUGAUUUUUUUCUUCUUCAAGGAUCCAGGGACGGGUAUUGCUCCUUUUUUGUUGUUUUUUAAUAGGUUGAUUCUCUUGCCUCGAGCAUAAUUUACAGCCAAUGAUUCUCGU